GUUUUCUGCAAGGCCUGCCUGAAUACCAGAACUUCUUGACCAUCAACUGUUAUAUAAUGUCAAAACGCUUUGCCGAAUCAGAUGGCCAUGAAGCUAGAGACAACAAGCGCACAAAGACACAUCCUCCGGUCGCUGUGAUCCCUGCUACCGACAUCUUCUCCGCUCGUCAGCUUCAGGAACUUUUACAAUUCAGCCAAGAUGGCGUCCAGGAUCUGAGAAAUGGCAUCCAGUCCUUCAAACAGUUUUUGGAACUGAUUCUGUAUCAAACCGAUGAGCCUAAUCGUCCGGCCAAGAUCAACAUUCUGAAUGACUACCUGGACUCCGCCAAACUGAAAGCUUCCCGUGACAAGGAUGCUGAAUAUCUGCCCGACUUCAUGCAGGCAUGGGGCUUUGCGAAUCAGACCAACAACGACUACCUGGCUUCAUCCGUCUCGUCGAUCCUUGCUCUGCUCCUAAAAACUAUUGCCACUUUGAUUGACUCUCGCGAAUAUGGCAUUCUUCUCAUCAAGACUCUCCUAACACAUGCUCAAUUGAAGCUCAUAUCAAGAAGCGUAUCAGCUCCGAAGCACAAGGAACAUGUCAUCUCACCAUCUCUCCGUAUUCUUACUGAGAUGGUCUCUUUCGAUGGUGGUCUCAUGGCCAAGCAAGUCUAUGCAAAGCGUGACUUUACCUUCGAAACGAAGAUUGUCGCACGUAACCUAUGUCUAAUCAAGAGCGGCUCUGGGCCUUCUGUGCGCUCAAACGCGGUCCGCUACCUGCUCGCAAACUUCAAGCACCAGGGCGAAGGUGCAAAGAUUGAUAUUCUUAAGAACGGUCACAUCAUCAAGGCUCUGUUCGACCAUCUCAAGGACGACUCUGCCGAUGCUCUCCAGGAGAUCUUCAAGACACUGGAAACUGGUAUUCUACGCGACGAGACCAUCCCUCGUGCAACAAAAACCCAGACCAUGAGCGAGCGUUCUCUGGCUGGUGUCCUUGCCGCUCUACGCACAUUCGACGCCACCGAAAGCCCGACAGGCGACAACUCCACUCUGAUCCGUGGCAAGGCCGCAAUCAUCUCCUUCUUGAAGCUCGUCAGCACCACUCCUUCUCUCGGUCUUCUUCGCCCUAGUGGUUGGUAUCCUCCAGGAAGUGAGCGCCACACCAGAGAACAGAACGACGAUGUUGAGACCGAUCUCGCGCUUGAUCUUGGACUGGAUUCUGUUGACUGGUACAACAAAUUCCAGGGUCAGGUCACCGUGCGAAACACUAUCCUUUCUGGCUUUUCGCAGACUCUCAAGCCCUACGCAAGCGAGGAGGAGAGAGAUAUUCUACUAUCCAUCUUUGCGGCCGCGCCGGAAAUCAUCGCCGACUACUACUUUGCAAGAGGCGAGAAGUUCUCAUUCGAGCCCAAGCUUACAAACACAUGGAUUGGAUAUGCGUCAUUCCUGUUCUCAUCAGUAAAAGUGCCCUUCCCCAAGUACUUUGGAGCUCAGGACCAUUACGCAAGCUGCCCUCCCCCAGUUUCGAUCGCUAUUGAGAAUAUUCUUCCAUUGCCUCUUACUCAAAGAAUCUUGACCAAAUCCUUGAACCAGUCUUCCGAGCUCAUCACACUCUUUGCCGUCCGUAUACUGGUCGUCGCCUUCCAGAAAUUGCAACAAGUAUUACAAACUUUCAACGUUGCUGCCGCUGAAGGCAAUCCGUUGUGGAAGGAAGGCUCGAUCAGACUAAUUGCAGAGUUCUGUCAAAGAUGCCCAGCGAUUAAGGAUGUCAUUGCUGCUUUCCGCAAGAUCUCUGAUGACAACAUCCUCCAAAAAGAGGCCGUCUCGAGACUACUCCGCAUGUACUACCAAGUCACACCGCAAGCUGCGUUGGAGGAGAAGUUUGACGUUUCUCAAGCUUUGACUGUUGCCAUGUCAAGGGUUGAGACAGUAACUUCGGAAAGCGAGAAUUAUGCUUUCCGUCUGCUCGAGCUGCAGCACCUACUCGUCAUUGCCCAAUGCUCUGCAGGUAUGCGAUGGUGGCACAAACAGGGGUCGCUCAAGUUUUCUCCCUUCACCACGCUUCUCCGUUUGAGCGCACAGACUCCCGUGGACCAAUCUACCGGAUCUGAGUUCAUCAAUCUGCUUCAGUCAGUCAUUGAUGAACAUGGCAUCCUCCAGCAGCAAACCGAGGAAAAGUCUGUGAAUGCUUUCAUCGCCAGUCUCGUGGGUGGUGAUGCCUGGAAGUCAAGCGAUUCUCUCUACACUUUCAUUGACGACUGUCUCGGUCGCCUUGUAAGGAAGCCGAUCAAGUAUCUCGAUGAUAUUGAUGAGAUUGCUGGCGGUAAUGAUCAUGGCAAGAUCGUCAGUGUCCUCGUCAUGGUCUGCCUCGAACAGAUUCCUUUCACCUCGAAACUCUCAGAGGAGGAUCGUGUUAACGUUUUGAUCUGGUUCUCUCGCUUCCUCGAACUGCUCAAGCUUACUGGAGAAGAUGUUGAGCUACUGCAGCUCAUCAGAGAGAGAGUUCCAGACUUGCCUGCUGUCUCUUCCCUCGAGCUUGAGCCAACCUUGAGGUCAAUUACCUCACGAAGACAGUCAGACGAUGAUAAGACUUCAGGUCCGGCAUCCUCGACCGACAACAAGUCAACGAAGCAACCUCUUGCUUUCUCAGAGCCUCCUGUCGAAAAGCACAACCAUCCUGAGUUGAGCAGAUGGCAACAGAAGGAUCUGGAAGAGUCGCUCGAGAAUGGUGAUAUUGACAGUCUGAUCCUGUGCCUGUCUUCCUCAGAUAGCUCCGUCAGAUUGCAAGCACAUGCCGCACUCCGCAAGCUUAUGGUGAGAGUGAAGGAGUCUACAAACGACGACAAAGAUCAGAUAUAUCUCCUGCUCGGCGAGCUCUCUGAGACGGUAUUAGAGCUUUCACCGCCGAUAGCACAACAGCCGCUUCCCUACAUCGCCACCGUUUUUGCUACACAAGCUCUCGGCAUUCUCCAGGACCCGUCGCAUUUCAUGUACCCCAAGAUCAACAAGUACCUGAAUAAGGGCCCAGUCUGGAAUGUUGGCAAGUUGGCAAACUACUGGAUCGACAGAACUGUGCUCGAAACACCUGAGGAAGACGACAAGCACUGGGCAGAGAUUGAGUUCGUUCUUGAGUUCUUCACCUUGGGCACGAGAACGCUUCAGGAUGUCCACCUCUUGCUCCCUCGUAACUGUAUGGAGAAGGUCUUGGAUAUCUUUGCAUCACCCUCCGCGCCAAAGGGUGUGAAGGAUGCGGUGUUGAAGGUGGCCUACAGAGUCGCCGCCGUUGGUGGUGCCACCAGCCUGGUCACUAGAACAGGCGUGUUGGCUUGGCUAGACAUGAGAUCAAAGGUUGGCGAUGUGGAUGUAGCGACACUAGAGGUCUUGAAGCGUAAGGUCACUGACGGUCUGGAUGAGACAAGAGUAAAGACAUGGAGUAAGGGAGCAUUGACGACUGUUGGAGCAUAGAAGAGAGAUGACCUUCUAUUACAUAAUGUAGCAAAGCAAGCAUACCAUACAGUAACCCAUGACAACAUCUCCGAAGAAUUGACAUGCAGGGAGCCAUCAGGCCUACCAACCCAAGCUGCCAAAUCCAAAAC